AUGAAGGCUCUCCUGCUGAUCUUGGCUCCGGUGUUGCUUCUCCCGUGCUGGAUGGCGAUGGACAAUCCCUCAAAGACCAAAACAUAUCCACUGGGUAUGGCUCCUGAUGCUGUUGAUGACAUGUACCUCGGCUGCAAAGACGAAAUGGAGAAGAUAGUCAACGAGAAAUUCUUAAAGUUAGAGUUAGAGGGAGAUUUUAAAAAAGCCUGGGAAGAUGAAGGUGUUGUAGAUUGUUCAAAGCAAAAACCGGAUAAAGGGGAUGAGGCUCUCACUGAAAACCACAUGCACGCUAUCUGUGCUUAUACAUCUACACUUGUUUAUAAACAAUUCAAUAAAGCAUGCAAGACAGGUAAAGACUUCAAAUUCUACACUUUACAUUACUGGCUGACUACUGCCAUUCAAAUCCUGAAUCCCAAACAAACCUGUCAAACUACUUAUCGAAGAAACGGAUCUGAGUCCACCGGCACAGUUGGCGACAUCAUUCGGUUCGGUAUAUUUGCCUCCAGCUCUUACAGCACAGAGCAGAAAUCUUACGGUACUAAGACCUGCUUUGAAAUUAAGACCUGUCACGGAGCCUACCUGAAGCACUAUUCAAUCCUUGGAACAAAGGAGCAAGAGGUGCUUAUUCCCCCCUAUGAAAAAUUCCAGAUAACCAAAAUUAUUGUAGGGAAGGGUGAAUUUGAUGCACUGCCUGACUGUGAGAAGGUCUUUGUAUUGAAAAGUGCUGGAAAAGAGAGUUGGCAAACGAUGUGCAACAAGGCAAAGUUAUGA